AUGGGAUACAAACUCGCCCUCAGCAUUUUCAACAUGUUGGCGAUUGGAUUCUUCUUGUUCUUCCUCUUUGCCUGCAUCUUGUCGAUUUGGAUUCUGAGACCAAAAAUAGUUGGAGCACUCAGAAAAGCGCAAGUCCCGGAGAGCCAACCAAUUUUGGUUGAGGAAGAAGAUGAAGACAAUGCCGAAGAGAUGGGAACUGUCAGAGCUGAGUCCGAUAAAGUUGAAGUGGUUUUGCUCCCAAUGGAUAAGAAGACCAAGAAGACCAAAUCAAAGGACAAAACUUCGGAGAUGAAUGCUUUUGAGAUGGUCGUAUUCAAUGAGGCUUUUGACGAGGAGAAGAAGAAGGAGGAGGAGGAGUCGAGCAAGAAUACCACCAACAUUUCCAUGGAAAUCUGA